GAUACAGCCCACAUGCAGCAGCUAGUAUGCCACCAUGACGCUGGUGUAUUAACCCUUUGGCGCAAAUUGAUAGCGAUUUCUGUACUGUGACCCCCCCAUGCCCACACCCCUUUAAGAGACGUGGUGAUGCGACGUGUGUCACCCAACCCUGUCCGAGAAGCUGCCGAGAGGAGAGUCUGGAUGGACUUGUAGACAGGUCAAAUAAAUAAACAAACCACAGGGGGAAGGGGAAAAGGAAAUUCCCUCCUCGCUUUUCCUGUUCCCGAGCCUCUUGCGCUGCGCAGUGUUGGCGACGGGAAGCGGUGCGCAAUUUUCUAUCUGAGGAAAGGACCACAGCCUGAAACGGCAUUUCCGAGCCGAGACUGACGGAUCAAAGAGGAAAGAAAAGCCGCAAUCUGACGACCUGCUUUGCACUGCGGGUUCUUCGUUUAUUCAAAAGCUUUUUUUUUUUAAUGCAACAACGAAGGAGGGAAAGGGAGCCAAAACCGGUGUUCCCCCCCAACAGGGACAUUUGACCGACUUAUGCAGCGCUGAUUUAUAUACCUUAUUUUUCAGAAACACUGUUCUACGAUUAGACGAGUCUAUUCCAUUGCUGGAAUAAAUUUCACCGGGUUGAGAAAAUAGCUUUCGUCGCCAGCUUGUUACAUAACCGAGUGGCUUUAGCUCUCCAAGGUGCUGAAGUGAACGGUCGGAGCCUAUAACAGAACGAGCCGCCGGGAAUUCACAACCUUGCGUCGCAGGCCUAUAUUAUCUGGGAGAGGGACGCACUCAUCUCACUGAACCGCAGGGAAGAAGCUGGGUUGUAUUCGUAUUUCCCCCCCUCCCCCUCACCGUCCUGUGGUGAAAUAAAUUCCUGAGGAGGUCGAAACAACUAGGAGAAAAUGUCGGGGCAAACGCUCACGGAUCGCAUUGCCGCUGCGCAGUACCAGCUAACGGGAUCGGAUAUGGCCCGGGCUGUCUGCAAAGCCACCACUCACGAAGUGAUGGCGCCCAAGAAAAAGCACCUGGAAUACCUGGUGUCAGCCACCAAUACCACCAACGUGAACAUCCCUCAGAUGGCUGACACACUGUUUGAGCGAUCCACCAACGCCAGCUGGGUGGUCGUCUUCAAGGCCCUCGUCACCACACACCACAUGUGUGUCUAUGGCAAUGAGAGGUUCAUUCAGUACUUGGCAUCCAGGACAUCCUUGUUCAACCUCAGCAACUUUAUUGACAAAACCGGAUCUCAUGGCUAUGACAUGUCUACAUUCAUCAGGCGGUAUGGACGAUACCUGAAUGAGAAAGCCUUUGCUUACCGCCAGAUGGCAUUUGACUUCACCAGAGUCAAGAAAGGCGCUGAUGGAGUGAUGAGAACCAUGACCACUGAGAAGCUGCUGAAAGGCAUGCCUGUUCUGCAGACACAGAUUGACACACUCCUGGAGUUUGAUGUUCAUCCCAAGGAGCUGAACAAUGGGAUCAUCAAUGCUGCAUUUCUGCUUCUCUUCAAGGACUUGGUGAAACUGUUUGCAUCCUACAAUGAUGGGAUCAUCAACCUAUUAGAGAAAUUCUUCAAAAUGAAGAAGAGUGAAUGCAAGGAGGCCUUGGAGAUCUACAAGCGUUUCCUGACCAGGGUGACAAAGAUUGGAGAAUUCAUGAAGCUGGCUGAGACAGUUGGAGUUGACAAAAAUGACAUUCCCGACAUCAACUAUGCUCCCAGCAGUAUCCUAGAAUCUCUGGAAACCCACAUGAAUGGCCUGGAGGAUAUAAAAGGUGGAAAGAAGGGUGAAGGGUCUCCAACAAAGGGAUCUCCUACAAACAAUGUGUCUCCAACGUCAACUCCAGCCAAAUCUUCAAAUGCUGUUCCCACAUUGCAGCCUCCUCCUGGGGACAGUGCUGGCAGCGCUGCUGCUUCAGCUGCUCCUGAACCGGCUGAAGAUUCAUUGCUAGAUCUGGAUCCACUGUCCUCUACUGGCCCUUCAGCACCAUCAGCUGCCCCCACAUCUUGGGGAGAUCUUCUUGGAUCAGAAAUGGGCGAUUCCUUGCUAUCUGAACCCACCCUCGCAGCUGAGCCCACCCCCUCCCUUGCAGCGGCAUCGCCCACUCCUGCAGCAGCAGAACCUGGAGUCUCUCUAGCUCCUCCCACUAGCACAGCAGCUGCCACCUCCCCUGGCGCCGCCAAUGUGGAUCUGUUGGGAGAAGCCUUCGCAAGUCCUGCUCCUGCCGCUGAGGCCUCCGCAGGAGCAGCUGAAGGUGGGGCUGCUGCUACAUCCACCCCAGCUGCCAACACUGGAACUGAGCCUACAGGAGGAGAUGCCCCAGCUGCUGCUGCUGCCCCUGCUCCGGUUGCCCCCGGUGCUGAACUGAUGUCAGUAUUUGAUGGCCUAGGGGAUGUAAUGAAGCCCACAGUGACUCCCCAGGCUGGGGAUGUUGACACCUCUAUGGCUAACAUGGCAAGUAAUCUCACAAUGGGAACUCCAGCGGCCCCUCAGGUAGCUCCCCCAAGUUGGGGUGCUCCGAUGGCCGGAGCACCGGUUGCUGGAGCUCCCAUGAUGCCAAUGGCGAGACCAGGCUUCCCAGCCGCUGGGGUGACCCCAGGAGCACCGAUGUCUCCUGGAAUCGCCCAGAGCCCCAGGAAGCCUCCACCACCCAGGAACGCUCUGGAUGACCUCAAUAUUAAGGACUUCAUGUAGACUGACUGAUCCCAGAAACCCCCAAGGUACACAUCUUUACUGAUAGUAUGCUGAAACUGCAGAUUCCUCUCAUUACGGAUAACAUUCGUAUAGUUUUUCUCUGUAGAACAGGCUGGGGUUUAGGCAUAACAGUAAUCUACAGCACUACUACCAUCAGUUAUUCUGCUUAAGAUGUAGACAUGCUUGUUGCUUGUUGUAAACCUGUUGUGCAAUUGCUAAACUAAACUAUCUCAUAUGUCAUGAAAUAGCAAAGCAUAAGGAGAAGAAUUUGAGCCUUAAACAAUAACAACAUGCAAGUUCAAUUUGAUGCUUGAAAAGUGGUUCCCAGACCUGAAGAUAAAAUUAAGGGUGGUUUUUCUGAGUUUUUUUUUUUUUUUUUAAACAGACAGAAGUCUUUGGCAAAUAUCAAGAUUUUUUCUGAAAGUAGACUUCACAAAUUUUAAGUGAUCAGCAUUCACAAAACAAAAUGUGCUAAAAGCUGCUUUGGAUUGGGAUCCACAACAGUACCGAUAAGGUAAAGAAACCAAAUGUGUGACAUUAGGGUUAGGGAAAACAUCUUGUGACAGUUAAAUCCGAUAUCACAUGCCAGUUUCAUGCUGUUUAAUAAAAAUAAUGCAAUAUGUUGUGUCUGCUAACACAUUCCUCUGACAGAAAGCUAAAACAAGACCAUGUUCUUUCUCUGUGUAGGUUUGUCAUCCUGUCUGGAGCUCUGUGGAAGUGGAUGUCUGACCCCCCCCCCCCCCCCCCCUUUUUUCUCAGCCUCUUCAGCCAGCCAUCAACUCUUCGAUCUUUGCCCCCCCACCCCCUGAAAGCAACCUGCCCUCUUUAUCUAAUGUUGUAGCACAACUGUGAAUGUGAACCCUAGAUACAGAAAAAGAGAAUUCCGUUUAUGUGUGUGUGGGUGUGUGUGUUAUUCAGUGUUAACAUUUACUUAAUAUACUACAGAAAAAUUAACAAAAAAAAUCAGUAAAUGUGUAUUUAGAUUCAUUCUGGAUUUUGGCGUAUCAGCUGACUUGGAAUGGUGGAUAUAUGUUGGUUUCUUUGCGCAUCUCCCAGACGAGGACUGUGUUGUUCAAUGUGGACUGUGUUCGGUGUAACUUCACUGGCCAACUCCCACUCCUCUAUCCCUGUUGUUCAGACUAAUACUGUUUAUUGUCAUUAAAGACUUGGUUGUACCCAUAUAUAUCUGAUGGCCAUCCAUCCUACCUGUCUACUUCAAGUUUUUUUGGACAAAAGCUCCUUAUCAAAAUGUACUUAAACACCACUUGCACUGCAAAUCUGGGCUUAUCACUAAAGACAUUAAACAGUGUUUCGUUUCAUUUUCACAUUAUCUUUUUUUAGGGAUUGUAUGAAACAUGCAAAAAUUGACAUAUGCAUUUUAGACUAUUUUAAAUGACAGAUUAUACAUAUUUUCUUUAUUUUAAGUGAAAAAGUGUAUCAUAUAUUUUUAGUUACAUUAAAUUAUAUGGUUGGAUAAAAAUGCAAGUAGACUAAAAAGUUUCCCACUUUGUACAUACCUCUGAAGCUGUAACAAAUAUUGAGUGGAAAUGUUGCUCAGAGUGUGUGCUGUGUCGCCCUUUGCUGGUGUGGAGUGGUACUGCAUCAUGACGUGAAACAGGUGAAUCUGGGAGGCACUCUGAAAGAGCUCCAUUCCUUGUUUUGUCUCUACGUACGAUGAGUCCAAGUUAAGGUGGAAACAAAGACACGAGGAAGUGUUUGUGAUUGGCCUCAGUUGUUUUUGGGUGAUUUGUGAUAGAGCAGCAGUUGGUACAUUUGUUCAUGUGCUGCUAACGGGCUCACUGUAAAGCACUCGAGUAUACGCUGGAUGUUCUGUGUAUUAUUUCAAAAAGUGACUGUAUCUUAAUCCAUUGUGGCAUUAACAAAGUGUUGAAGGAAAAAUAAAAAUGGCACCUAAAAACAAGAAGAAUGUGGAUGAAUAUCAAAAA